AUGUCUUCUCGCGCUUCUGCCAAAUCACCCACUCCAGGAUCCUCAUCCUCUUCGCGCAACCAGCCUCAGAGCCUCGCGCAGGAGCCCGCCAACACUGAGGACUUCGACAUGCCGGACCUUAAGUACGACUCCGAUAGAGAUGGCUCUUUCACUAAGGAAAGCUACGAUAAGCUCCGACGCAUAAUCCAGAAACAAGAAGCCGAGACAAAAGACAUCGUUCAACUCGACCUCACCGAGGAAACCAAGAUCUUCAUGUUCUAUCAAGGACUAAAAAACGAAUACGCCGAACUCGCUAUCAAAAUCGACAACCGGCUUUUCGAACGACGAAAGGAAAGAGGCGAAAAACGACAAAACCCUAACUCAGGACGCAAGUACCAGUGGCAGCCUCAGCACCAGUUCAACAACCAGCGAAACGACAAUAGACCCCGUAACAACUGGAACAACCCCCGACAAAGUACUGCCUAUGGUCACUAUAGUAGACCAAUGGACCUUAGUGCUAUACAGAGAAACGACAAAAAGAACGAUACAUACGAAUACAGGUUACCCAAGAAGGAACGCUUCCAACCGGUACUAGAGAAACGACAAGCAAGUAUCGCUACGAAGACGAUCCCUUAUGAACAACUCAACUGGACUACCUGCUUCGAUGACAACUGCCAUAUCUACUCUAGCAGUAAGGAACACGCAGGAUGGUACCCCCAGAAACCUCAAGAACGAUCUGGUUACGACACUACCAACGCACCUAAACGGACCCUCGCUGUGGGAUAUAGAAGCAACAGCAAAAUCGAGCGCAAGACAAUCGAACAGCUCGACAGAGAUCCCGCACGGAUCCGCCAGAUCAACCAAGAACUGGAAGAACAGGUCGAAUCAGAAACGACCAAGAACACCCCUAACGACUCGGAAACACCUCGCGAUGUUGCCCGCCAACAUGCCCAACUGGAAGUCGCCUUUGAAGUCGCUUCAGUCGACGACACCAGCUCUGGAGAGGACUCUGACGAAGAAAUACAGUGGUAUCACUGCUACCAAGACCAGCGCCGAGUCCACUAUAUCAAGAAAGACGAAGCAUGGAAGAAACAGCAAGAAAACGACGAACAAGGAACGGACGAGCAGUCAAAAAACUAG